AUGCGAGACCUGCGUGAAGACAUAGGGGAAGAUGUUAAUGAGGCCAUUGAAGAAGAAAAAUCUAUGUCUGAUAUCAAGCAAGAACCAUAUAACCUUCCGGAUGGCUUUAAAUGGGAGACUCUAGACCUCACCAAUGAAGAAGUGCUACAAAACCUGUACAGUCUGUUAAAUGAAAAUUAUGUGGAGGAUGACGAUAACAUGUUUAGAUUUGACUACAGCAGAGAGUUCUUACGGUGGGCCCUUAUGCCUCCUGGCUGGAAGCCUCAGUGGCAUGUUGGUGUUCGUGUCUCCAAGAGUAACAGAUUAGUUGGAUUUAUAUCUGCUAUUCCAGCUAGAAUCAGGAUAUACAAACACCAACAGGAAAUGGUUGAAAUAAAUUUCCUGUGUGUUCAUAAGAAGCUGCGAUCAAAGCGCUUGGCACCCGUAUUAAUUAAGGAAAUUACCAGAAGAGUCAAUCUUACUGGCAUCUUUCAGGCUGCGUACACUGCUGGUGUUUUGUUGCCUAAACCUGUGGCAUCUUGUCGCUACUGGCAUCGGUCACUCAACCCAAAGAAACUAAUUGAAGUUAAGUUUUCUCACCUUGGCAAGAACAUGACAAUGCAGCGAACACUGAAACUGUACCGGUUGCCAACAGACACUGUGACCCCAGGGUUUCGAAGAUUAAAGAUGGACAACAUUGAUGCGUGUCAUAAGUUAUUAGAAGAAUAUCUAAGCAAAUUUGAUCUAGCACCUGUAUUUAGUAAAGAAGAAUUUAUUCACUGGUUCCUUCCGCAGGACAAGAUCAUAGACAGUUAUGUAGUUGAAAAUUUGGGCAAAGUUACGGAUUUUGUAAGCUACUAUACACUGCCCUCAACAGUUAUGCAUCAUCCAACAUACAAGUCAUUGAAAGCUGCUUACUCUUUUUACAAUGUUUCCUCUGCCACACCCUGGAAGGUCUUGAUGAAGGAUGCUUUGGUCACGGCAAAGAAUUCUGACUAUGAUGUGUUCAAUGCAUUGGACUUAAUGGAGAAUUCAGAAUUCCUUGAAGAGUUGAAGUUUGGCCAAGGUGAUGGCAACCUACAGUAUUACCUCUACAACUGGCGGUGUCCUAAGAUGGUGCCUCAGAAGGUUGGCUUGGUGCUACAGUAAUGCAAGUGGCUUAUAUUUAUAGCACUAUUAACUCAGUAUGGUAAACUGCAGAAGAGCACUGUAAAAUUGCAUUGAGUGCUGCAUAAAAGAGUACUACACUUCACUUUUGCAUGGAAGUUUCCUCCAAGUUUAUUAUUGCCACUGUGAAUACACUAGUUUCUGUAUACAGUACCUCUCUAGCUAUAUGCUCUCUUCCAGGUAGCUCUCAUUACUGAGUUGCCUCUUUUGGUGGUGCAAUUCAACAGUCAUGUUUUCCUUCACAUCCAUCACUCUCAGAAGAGAAAGAUAAAGUGCACAGGUUGCCCUUAUGGGGUACAACAUCUAGCUGUGUACAUGCCUACCUUAUCGGUACACACAUUCUGCAAGCCAAUCUGCCAUUUGGCCUUAAAACUCAGUUGCCAACCAUCAAGAGUGGUCUCUGCUUGGCUGCUGACUAAAGCAAAGUAUCUGCUCCAACAUGGCACUUCAGGAAUAGUUGUUUGGGUCAGUACCACAGUUUAAGGCAUUAUCAUAAAGGUGAGACUGACUUUUUGUCACUUAUUUAAUUUUGUAACAUUGUUAACAAAUUAGUGUGACCCUCUCUCUGUCUGAGCUGACGUGCUAGGACUAGUUAGCAUUAACACUGGUCUCUCUGUUGCCUGGGUGACGUUAGUAGACAGUAUGACACUCUUCUUGUAUUAGAGCAAUUGUUGAUUACUGGUUUCAGGACAGCUAUUACCCACCUGUGAUAUACAGAGAAAGUGAGACAAUCCCUUUAAGGGUUUAAGUAGUAAUACAUAUAAAAUUCCCUACCUCACAUAUACCAGGGAAUUUUAAUUUGUGAACUAAUAUGGACUAGUCCCAUUGGGUCUUAGUGGUGAUCAGGACUAAUGUUUUUAGAUAUUUUUAGCCAGUAGAGCCUUGGUGUUCAUGUUGGACAUUGAUCUUCCUACCAAGACAUGAUUUUUCUCUUCACCUGAAGUUUUGAGAUUCACUUAAGUAUUUUACCAUUGGGCCAAGUGAGAAACAUUCAUCAACCAUACAAAGUUGAGAGCACAAACUCAUUCAGUCAGUGAUUUUACAAAAAGUUUUCAUCUGGUUAGUAAAUGGUUGGGUAAUCUCCAGGAACACCAAAGGAUAUUUGACGUCUUGUAACUCAUUUCUUCCUUUACCUGCUUAGACUUGAUGUUCUGUUUUUUGUUUAUUUAUCUCUUGCUUUAGAGAAGAUGUAGUCAAAGGUGGAGCUGUGUGAGGAAGGUGAGGGGUUAAGGUGCUCCUUUGAUUUCUCAGAUGAUUUAAAAAGAUCUUCGUGGAAAAUGAGAACCCUUUCUUGCCAUUUGGUUUUGGAUUACCAGACUAGGCUACAGUACAGUACUGUAAUGAAGUAGGUAAUCUGACUGGAAGAGGAAGGUUCCACAUAUUUUCAAUGCCUCUAAAUUAAUGUGAAAGUAUUUCUGGUUCUUCUUUUUUCCUGUCUCAGAGGGAAGUCCUUUCAUGGAAAAUAUAUUUUCCUCUGUAUUGACCACUUAUCUGUGACUGCUAGUAAAACUGAGAUCUUCUAAAAUUCUUUAUCUUUUUCUCUUGAAAAAAUUCUCAAAACAUCUUUUUUUGGAGUAUAAGCUUUCUUGUUUCAUUAGUGUGACACAGUACUUGUUACUGAAAUAUUAAAUGUUUGAACAGCUGUUUUGUCUAGGGAUAAGGUGUUACUAUCAUAAGGGAUUUAAGAUGACAAAUCCUUUGUUUGAACUCAUUAUCGUGGGGUUCAUCCUUUGGCGGAUUUAUUUGUAAAGCCAGUCAUAACAACUCAGUUUUUACCCCACCUUCCCCUAGAGGUGGUGCCCAUGAAGUAGACACUAUCUCCAUACACUGGGAGUCGUACUUCAGGUCAUAAGGAAGAUUUAACUGUUCCAUGGAAUAUCAAUUUUGGUAGCUCCUUCUUGGCUCCAAAAAAAUUGGUUUCCCUUACCUGCUUCAACUUUGCCUUAAGUAUUUCCAGAUUUCUGUCUUUACCGAGUUUAAAAGAAUUUGUGUGGGGAAAUGUAGAGCAUUGUUUUUCUCUAGUUCAACUAGUAUAGGUUUGUUUUAGGGUUGAGGAGGUUUCAGCUGAAAUUUUUAGCUGCAAAACUAUUAUGGUAGUUCAUUGGUGGAGAUCAGGAUGGAUAGUGUUUGUCAUAUGUUUCAACACUGUAUAUUGCUGGUUUAUGGGAUCUUGGAGAAAACUUCACCCGACCCAUCUCCAAGGAACAGUGUAACACCCAUGGUUUUAGAGGCUUCAUAACUUGAGGCUUCUUUUAGUAGAGUUUCCAAGAUAACACCAAAGAAAUAUUACUCAUGGCUGCAUAAUCAGUGGAGCAUUUGUCAUACCUCCCACUGUUCUAGAAAGCUUUCCUUAAUGAGAAAGAGUUCCCUGGUAGAAGGUGUCUUGUUAAAAAUGGGAAAUAUAUCCUAAAAUUCUCUUUUCUAACAGAGUUCACAGCCAAGCAAUUCAGAUACCUUUCAUCCUCUCCUGGCUUAUGGUUAGUCUGCUGGAAAUUGAGACAGAAUGGUAGAUUGGUCUUAGAGUCAAGAUGGUAGCCUAUGGCCAUCAGAAAGUAUGUACUGACUAGGUAGGCGUGCAUUCUAAUUAAACCAUCUAACUCUCGAGGGCAAAGUUUGCAUCAUAACUUUGCUCUUGUGAGGAUGAUGUGGUGAGAUGGAUUGAUAAUGAAAAGAUCAAUUUCCAGUUGUCAUGGGGAUAAAGCUUGAUGGAGGAACACCCCUCAAUAAGGCUAACAUAGUAACAAAAACUACCUAGCUAGGAGCUGUGCUAGAAGAUGUACAUGAAACUAUUAAAUUUGAAAUGAAAUAGUGUUAUAUUAAAUGUUACCACUUUUGGGGGUGGGAGGGGGAGGGUAAUAAUAAAAAUUACCUCCCUCAAAUAUGACCAGAAAUUUUACUUGAAAUUCUACUUACCGUAUUUUAUAGCAUAUAAGACGCACCCCCCAUUUUAGCAGGGAGCAUUUAGGAAAAACUUUUGUGUGUAAUUUCAGCCUGUUGCCGUAUUUUCUUAAAACAAUAUAUACAGUACCAAGAAAUGUGAGGAAUAAACAAUAAUACCAAUAAAUAAGUUACAACAAAAACUACUGUAUUGCCAAAUCAGUAAAUAAAAGCCAAAUGAAAGUUUAACACAGUCGCCAUUUGCAUACACUCCCUGCUUCAUCAUAGUAACAGAGACCAGCUGGGACGCCAAUUCUGUAGCAAAGCUCCCCACCCACUACACUCUUCUCCUGUUCCCUCACUGAGCCAACGAACUCAAGUGCAAAGAAAUGUAUAUUCCAUUUAUGUUUGCCCUGAGGACAAUUAUUUCUUUUACUUUUUUUUUCACAUUGUGUACAGUAUAUAGGAUGGUGUGUGCAUGUAACUGAGUAAAAAUAAAUGAAGAAAGUUAUGUAUAUCUACCCGAAAAUAAGAGUUGAACAACAACCACAACACCUCAGCCUGGCCCAGUAGCCUGAUGGUUAAGUGACGAGUCUAACUUGGCUACAAUGCCACCAGCAAUGUUAACAGAUGCAAAUGGGAAAAGAAAAUUAUCUGUAAAUCUUCAUUUGUAUCAGGAAUUUGCAGUUUGAAAAAUAAUUGUUGCAGGUAUAGCAUUAAUAGAUUGUAAUGUUUGUAGGAGUUCAAAAAUGGUUACUGCUUAGCUACCUCUGAAGAGUUGGGUGUCUGCCGUACGGACAUUAAUCAUCUCAGGUACUGAAUACAGGGGGUCCCUGGGUUAUGAACAGGUUCCAUUCCUGAGAACUUUCUUAAGUCGGACUUGUACGUAAGUUGAAACACAAACUAUGUGCAUAGUAUUGUGCUUACAGAACAGUGUUUAAAAUCCCACUAUAUCAUAGCCUAAGUCCUUAUAUCAAUCUAAAAUCACUUAAUUUAAGACAAAACAAGAAAUAGAAUGACAAAAUUCAUUAAACGACAGUAAAAGAAAUAAGUCCUCAGGUAAAUAUAAAGCUGUAAAUUUCAAGUUUAACCUCGUUUGUAUCAGCUGGCGUUCAUAAGUCGGAGACCCCCUGUACAGUAGUUAUAAAAUGAGCUUUUAUAUGUACAAUAAUUAUUUAAAUUUUUUAAUUAAUAAAAAAAAUAAUAAUGUGUUUUAAGUAAACAAUAACAUGUUUUUAAUUGUUGUGUUGGGUUAGGUAGAGCUUAGCCUACUGGAGACAGCAACUGGGGGAUUCAUUAGCUUACAGGAGACUGCAGCUUUUCAUAUAGGACACAGGCUGAUUUUUUAGCCAUUUUUCAGACAAAAAAGUGCGUCUUAUAUGCUGUAAAAUAGGGUAAGUACCUAUAGUAUAUGAUUACAGUGUUCAUAGUAUUUUUACUAUUGAGGUUUAAUUUUUCUGAAAGGAGGAUCUGCACAUAAGCCUGUUAUUGAAUUCAAAAUAUAAAUAAACUAGUAGUGACUGAAGGAGGGUUUGAGAAAAACCCCAUUAGAUUCAGUAAAAUUAGCUGAUUUAUUUGUUAUUGCAGUUGUAUAUAAACAGUCUGUGACUGAAGCCAUCAACCUCGCCUUGUACUGAAUAUGAACAGAAUUGUGUUACAUUAGGAAACACUGCAUGGCCUUCUUGUAAAAUCAUUGAUUUUUCUUCUUGCUUUGAGAGGUGUAUAUUUUAAUUGACAAAAUGAAAAAAUUUAGUUUUCAUUUAAAGUAGGGCAUGGAACUAUGUGUAAGGAUUACUGAUUACAUUAUACAGUAUUGUUAAAACUGCAUAAACCCAAAGUGAUUAAUGAAUUACAGUCCUAGGGUAAGCCUCUUUAAGUGUUACUGACAGCACUCUUUUUCUGUGAUAUCAUUUGCUUGAAUUUAGGCAGUAAAUAUAAGUUUGUUAGUGUGCCUACACAUCUAUAAAUAAUUCUGAAUAUUUUAACAUAAGCUUAUGCUUACAAUGUGGAAGGGAAUUAUAUGGUGACUGAAAACUGUUCUGCAUUCAUCAUGCUAAAUACUAUACUGUAACUAAAUUCUUCAUGCUUUACACAUGCCUAUUAGUAUUUCUUCCAGCCAAUAAGUAUUAAAGAUCACAAACUAUUUCCAGCUCCUUGAAUACCGGUAGUAACUAAAAUGUAAAAUAUCUUUGUAGAAUAAUGUACUGUACCGUAGUUCAUAUGAGUAUCAGGAAUCCGAAAAUCAAUUUUUGGAAAUAUCCAAUCUUCCAAUGGAUUUUCAGAUUCGAAAUUCCCUCCAAAUCUCAUCAGCUGAUGAUGCACUUGUACUGCCUACAUUAGUCUUUCAUCAUCAAGAAAACAUUGUGCAUUUUAACUCGGAGUACUGCUUUUAAAAUGUCUCAAAACAAAAGCAGAAGUGAUGGCACUGAGUGCAGUAAUGCAGAAAGAAAACUUAGUGUUUCAUGUCAUGGAACAAGUGGAAAGUCUCCAAAUAAAAUAGAUAAUAAAACUAUAUGACCACUAUAGUGAAGGAGCCAUAAUUUAUGGCUUAAAGAGGAAAUGGGGCAAAUUACUCUUAAGUUUAAGCUGAAAGCAAACCAGAUAAGACCAUGUGCAAAAGAAAAUACCUCAGUGAAGCCAAAGUAGCCAGUGUGGAUAAACUAUUUUCCAAGUUUUUCAAACAGCAAGAAUCACCUUAGCUCUCAGAGGCUCUAGCCAACUCCUCCCUUCACAUGCUUCAUCCUACCAGUUCAUCAUUCAACAGUUCACCUCUUAAGUUGAUUAUCAUACAGUAUAUGAAUAAAGAAUAAGAUGAUAGAAUGAUGAUACAGUAUAGCAUUUUGGUUUCCAUAUGCACUUGCAAGGAAUAAGGAAAAUUUUGGUUAAAAUUUAAUGUUUGGUAGACUGGCAGUGUGGGUUACAGCAUGACCAACAGUGUUUAUAUUUGAUACUGCUCACUGGACAAUAGCACUUGGUGUAUAUUUAGAGAACAUUCUAAAAAUUACCUUUCCUGCAACAGUACUUAUCUAGCACCAAAAAUGAAUUUAGUGAGGAUGAAACUUCUGAAAUAACUAAGCCAGCAAUGAAACCACGAGAUAUGAUAAAUUGAUAGUGUUGUAUCAAUUCAGCUUAUGUGCCAUUCACCUAAAAAGAGUUAACUACCGAAGUUGGUACAUUUUACUAAACCAUGCUCAUAGCUGCAGACGUUGCAACAGCUGACCCCAACCUCCAUCUUUUCACCAUUCAGCACUUCAGCUCAAGUCAACUAGCUUAUACCAGUGGUUCCCAACUAGUUUUAGCCAUUACCCCAAAACAAGUGUGACAACAAUACUCAUUACCCCGACAUAGGUUUGUCAACUGUUUAUUUCCAUACUGUUUUUGGUCUAGGUUGCUUUCUUCCUUAUCAAGAUUUGUAUUUUUGGAAAUAAACCUUACUAUUUAAUUUCAA